AUGUACAACCACCACAGCAGCCGAUACUCGAACUCGGCAAACUCGUCGUCAUCCUCAUCUCGCCCGCACAGCGCAAUCGGCCAGGGCGGGCCACUCGGCGCUUGGGCAGACUGGGCCGUACGCAACCUCGACCCAGACAUCCAAGUCACCCCUGUACAGACCUACGUCGAACGCUGCUGCCACCCAUCCCUCGGACAGCCCAACCUCGCCCUCAACCUCGAACUCGCAGACUACGUCAACCAGAAAAAGGCAAACACCCCGCGCGAGGCCGCCAUCGAGACGGUGCGCAAGAUCAACUCGCGCAACCCGCACGUCGGCAUGCUCGGCCUCUCCCUCCUCGACAUCCUCGUCAAGAACUGCGGAUACCCCUUCCACCUCCAGAUUGCCACAAAGGAGUUCCUCAACGAGCUCGUAAAGCGCUUCCCCGAGCGUCCCUCGCCCUUUCCCUCGCCCGUACAGACCAAGAUCCUCGAGCUCAUCCACGAGUGGAAACUCACCCUCUGCGUCACCAGCAAGCACAAGGAGGACCUCGUCCACAUCCGCGACAUGCACCGCCUCCUCAGCUACAAGGGCUACCGCUUCCCCAACAUCGAUUCGCGAGCCGCCAGCGUCAUGAACCCGGAAAACAACCUCAAGUCGCCCGAGGAGCUCGAGGAAGAGGACCGCGCAGCGCAGGGCGCCAAGCUGCAGGAGCUCAUCCGCCGAGGCACGCCGCGCGACCUUGCCCAGGCGCAGGAGCUCAUGAAGAUCAUGUCGGGCGCCGAGCCCGAGUCCAAGCCCGACUACAGCUCCCAGACGCGCAAGGAGCUCGACAAGAUCCAGAGCCGCGCCAUCCUGCUCAACGACAUGCUCAACAACGCCAACCAGGGCGAGAGGUUUGCAAAGGGCGACGCCUACGACCAGAUCUCGGCCCACCUCCGCAGCGUACAGCCGCGCAUCCAAAAGUGGAUUGGCGAGGCCGAGGGCGCCGACGACGGCGAGGCGGAUUCGCACGUGGGCAUGGAGCGCCUCCUCCUCAUCAACGACCUCAUCAACCAGGUGUGCGAGCGCUACAAGGCCUUUACUCGGGGCGACUGGAGCGCCACGGCCAACAUCGACCCCAGCAUCGACCCGAGCCGCGGCGGCGCAGACGCCGUGCCCACGGCCAAGAUCCAGGACCUGAUCGACUUCGACGACGCAGACAGCGGGCCAGGGGCGUCAGGAGCCGCAGGGUCGGCCGGCAGCGGAAGCGGCAACAUCAUGGACGACUUUGCCAGCCUCACGUUUGACGAUGCGCCUGCCGCCGCCACGGCAUCGGCCGCCAGCCAAACAGCGGCGCCCUCGUCUUCGUCAGCGAGCGCUACGGGGCCAGGGGGACUACCAGCCGACCUAUUCUCGGCGCCGUCUGCAUCGUCGUCUUCAUCGCUCAACGGCGGCGGCGGCGGCAGCGGAGGAGGGUGGGGAGCGCUGCAGCUUCCGACAUCCUCGACGUCCUCGCCCGCGCCCACCGGUACGUCGGCGGCAGGGAGAUCGGGCCAGUCGUUUAUCGACGCGCCUACCCUCGUACCUUCCAAGCCCGGUACGCCGUCUUCCCAGUCGACGACGGCGACGACGCAGCCACAGUCGACCUCGGCCUCUGUGCAGGGGUCCAAGAAGAAUGAUCCGUUUGCGGAUCUCGAUGACCUGUUCAAGUAA